GAAAGUGUGAAAACCUUACAAUAAAGACCAAGUUUUUUAGAAUAUUUAAAACAAAUAUUAUACUUUACAAUAUUGUAUACUUUACAAUAUUACAAAGUAUUGAUUAUCUGUAACAAUCUUGGUAUUGAUGCUUGUCAAAAGAUUUAUAAUCUAACUGACAUGCAACCAUUUUGGUUCAGCUCAUGCUGAUACGCGGAAAACGAAAAGAGCGAGGCGGGAGUUGUGGCAUUCACGAUUUUGGUUUAUAUUUUGGGAUCAAGUAGUCGUUAAAGGGACCGUCCCACCUUCAAAAAAGUUAAUGAAUUGGCAUGAAAGUAAUGUCGCUCGGUUCAGAAAGAGCGAAAACGAAUAUCUACCAAAUUUCAUCGAAAAAUAUUCACUGGUUUUCAAGAUAUUAGACAAAAAUAUUUGAUUUACUAUUGCCUGUAAUCUCUCCUAAGGCAUUGCCUUCGGCACUGCACUGCGUCGCCACGAGUUGGCCACAGACGAAAACAUGUACAGUACGGGCGAAGAAAUGUUGGACGAAAAAUGAAAAUAUGUAGAGACAAAAAAAUGCACGGACCAAAAAACGAAAAUAAAGAAAAUGCACGAACGAAAAUAAUUACGAACGAAACAUUUCUGAAGACUUUUUCAGAAAAGUCGCUAUCAUUCGUCGACAGAUCUGGCGCAUCUCGUGAGGCGCUUUACCGAAAAAGAAAAUUACCGAAUUCUCUUCUAUUGAAACAGAACCGAAAUUCCAAAAUUAUUUGUGUAUAUCUAUCACUUUUUCAUAAAAAAUAGUACCCCCCACCCACCCAAAACCCCGGUUUCCCACAGUCCCCCUAGUGUGUUGGGUUUUAUGAAGAUACUACAUUUCUGCGUAAUGGUAUUGAACGACAAUUGACACGUUGACAACAGACCGUCGUGCGGCUCCACCGAGAUCGUGACAACUAUUGAAUAUUGAUUCAGUCUGGACCAAUCUGAAAAAUAACAAAAUAUUGCUGGGUGAAGACAACAACUGCAUCAAGAAACUUUUCAACAAUGGCAUCCAAUAGCUAUUUGGCUCCUUCUCCAGAACAGUCUUUAGAAGCUGAGGUGGAAGAAGUUACAGAGCCACACGAUGGUGAACCUAGAGAGGCCUCAAGAAAUGAGACCACCACUGAGAUGCAUUCAAAACCAAGAGGUCAACUGGCCACUAUGAAACUCAAUGACACUAAGGCAGGAAUGGAAGGACUUGAUACUGACAAGAUAAAUCAGAUUAUUGAGGAGGCAUCGAGAGGUUCCAAGUUCUACAACCACAAGAAGCAACGGCAGGAGAAGAUCGACGAGCGGAUUCGGCGAAUGCUCGAGCUCAAAGAUUCGUUCACUCCUGAACAGAUCUGCCGAUCAGAGGCCCAGAUGGACGCGCUGACGGCCCAGCUGGAGCAGUCACGUGACCUGAGCCGGUUCAUUGUGCACGUGGACAUGGACGCGUUUUACGCUGCCGUCGAGAUGCGAGACCGACCCGAGCUAAGGGACGUACCGAUGGCUGUCGGCAGUAACAGCAUGCUGAGCACAUCCAACUACGCCGCGCGCAAGUUCGGCGUGCGGGCCGCCAUGCCUGGGUUCAUCGGCCGCAAACUGUGCCCCCAGCUGGUGAUCGUGCCGUGUGACUUUGACAAGUACCGCGCCGCCAGCCAACUGGUGCAGCAGGUGAUGGCCAGGUACGACCCGGACUUGUCGAUGGUGUCUCUGGACGAAGGCUACCUGGACAUCACGGACCGAGUGGCCUCUGAGAUGGACGGAGACACUGGAGAGCAGUCGGAGGACGAGGUGGCUCAGCGUCUGGUCAGGGAGAUGCGGGCCGAGAUCUGCCGGCUGACGCGGCUCACCGCCAGCGCUGGUAUCGCCGCCAACGGCAUGCUGGCCAAGAUCUGCUCGGACCAAAACAAACCGGACGGCCAGUUCUUCCUGCCCCGCGAGCGGCGCGCCGUGCUCGACUUCCUGCGCGAGCUGCCCGUUCGAAAGGUAAGCGGCAUUGGCAACGUGUUAUCUCAGCAGCUGGCGGCGCUCGAGGUGACGCGCUGCGGCCAGCUCCUCGAGCGGCGCGGCCUGGUGCGACUGCUGUUCUCAGAGUGCACCCAGCUGAGUCUGCUGCGCGCCGGACUGGGCGCCGACCCGCCGGGGGUGGGGCGGGAUGAGGACUCCCACCAGAAGUCGGUCAGCACAGAGACGACAUUCGCGGCUACCGCAGACCCCGCGCAGCUGUCGGAGCUGCUGGGAGAGCUGUGUCAGCAGCUGUCCGAAGACCUUCGCCGCAAGGGCCUGCGCGGGCGGACUGUCACGCUGAAACUCAAGACCAGCUCGUUUGUGGUGCGAUCGCGAGCCACCACGCUGGCCGAACCGACCUCAGCGGCGGCUGCACUGCUCGCCGCCACCCGGCCGGCGCUGGCCCGCGAGCUGGCGGCAGGUGAACCGCUGCGACUGCUGGGAGUGCGUGCGUCGGCCCUGGUAGCGGCUGAGGGAGCCGCCGGCCGACGCCAGGCCACCCUGACUGAGAUGACAAGCCGAGCCUCCACCCCUCGACAUGAGUGUCCGGUGUGUGGACGAACUGCUGGGUCCCUGGCGGAGCUGUCUGCCCAUGUGGAGCAGUGUCUGGAUGGGAAGGCGGACGGUGGGGGAGAGCAGAGUGAGGGACGGACUACGGAGACGGGUGACUGUGCUGCUGAGAGCGAGAGUGGUAAUGGUGAAGCUAGAGAGGCGGUUAACGGUGGUACUGAGAUGUUUAGGCCGACUCAGGAAACCGAGAUAUCUGUAGGCUCACCACCACCCUCCAGCUGUGAUAAUGUUUCUGGAGACCCUAUCAGGCACGCACCUGCGAAUGGAAUUAGUGAUCCCGCUGCAUGUGUGGGACCGUCAUCUGCCAGCGACGGGGAUCGACUUCAGUCGGGUAAUGUAGAGGACACUACUCCGGCUUCUGCUGCAGAGACGGCCUGUGGCGGCCCCUCAGCGGCCUCGUGUCCUGUGUGCGGUCGCCCCAUGCCCGAGGAGCUAGAGCUUAUCAACCGCCAUCUGGAUGAGUGUCUGAACCAGAAGUUAUUGUCUCGGCUAACAGAUGGCGGGCCGGUCGGCGGCCAGAAGCGGCUGCCAGCACCACACUCUGGAUUGCCUCGGACCAAACAUAAGCGGAUCGACUCGUUCUUUACUGCUGUCAAACGAUCGUGAUAAUGAAUGCGAAUGAAUGAAGAGGGUUUGCCUGAAAGAGUCGUUUUAGGCAUAUAUUGAGUGAUAGAUUGCGAGUUGUGUAGGUAUAUGUUUGCUUCUGUUUAUGCUUGUAUUUGUCUAGGCGCUGAUUCAUGCCUUACUUAUAACGGUAAUGUAUUUUUCCAUACGCUUUAAAAUUUGUAGUCGGUGGCGUUUUGACGUGUGUCAUCAAUAGGCUACCCACAUUGCCUUUUGCUUCGUGAUAUCUGGCCUAAAUAUUAUGUUAUCGUCGACAUUUGACAGAGCCUGACUGUAACUUGCAAGCACCGAACUUGCGCUGGCAUUGGGUAGUUUUUGCUGAUAGGUUUAUUCUGCUGAAACCCUUUCGUAUUCAAGUGAUAUCGUUGAAGAAUACGAUACUGUGUAUUGCUGCUGGACUUGAAUGUCUUUGUGACAUGUCAAUAUUGUGUGGAAAAUACGAUGCAAUGAAGGUAAAUAAAGGAUAGAGGAUACAUGGAA